CCCUCUCCACUUUGAGCUUUUUUUCAGCUUCAGUUUCUGUGAAACACUGAGUCUGCAGCCCCCGCCCUUUUCCAAUAGCUUGGGCAUAUCCAAAAGUAGGAAAGGAGGUUUGGCUCCAAGUCUAGGGUUGGUGGGGGUCUCAGGUGCGCGUUAGGGUGAAGGCAGGGGCAGGGGCCACUUGAGCACCUUCUGGGGGACUCUCCCAAAGUCUUGUACACCCGGGGAAUAGACCUCAUUGUCUCUCCUGGGAGAAGAAAGCAAAGAUCAACAAAGUAGGGAAUUCAGGGUCCUAUAACCCAGAAUAGUGCUCAGGACGCAGCUGUGACAUCUAUGGCCGUCCUCCUAUCCCUAAGUCUCUGGUGUGUCUGGAUCCGCUGUGACCCACCUCUCCUCCAUUUGUCUCCCGGGCUGGGACUACAGAGGUGGCCGGAAGAGGCUUCUGGUGUUGGGGGGGGGGUGCUAUUUCCCGAACUCCGGACGAGGGUGUAGCCCUGGGGUCCUUCUCGGACCUGUGUGUGGCCUCUGGAGUCGGAAGACGAUGCUGAGAGUCAAGACGCCAGGACACAGGUGGGAGAGCACGCAGGCGGCAGAAGCGCGGCUGAUAGGGGCGGUUGCGCGGGACCUGGCAGCCACCGCACCACGGAGAUCGCCCGGUGCCCGCGGCUCCGGUCCCUGCCCCCUUGAUCGGGCGCUCUGAGCACCUCCGACUGGGAACCAGACGCAGUGGCAGCGGCCGCCCGGCGCUCUACCGCCACAGGAUCACAGCUCGGGCAGCCUCGCGGGCACCAGUCGCUUCCUGCCCCAUCGCGGGGACCAAAGGCGCAUGAGGUGAUCACCACUCCCGGAUCCGGUACAGCUCAGGGUGAGAGCCUCUCGGGUCCGGGGACGGUCAGUUGCAGGACCCGGAGCACCCUCUGGGGUGCCAGAUGGGGCUUCCCGGGGGGCGCAGGGUCGAAGUUGGGUCGACCCGCCAGUGUUACGCAGAACGACAUGCUGCCGCCUGGGCGCAAUGGCACGGCGCGUCGGGCGCGUCUGGGGAUGCAGCGGCAACUGGCGCAGGCUGGCGCCCCGGGGGGCUCCGCGGCCCCGCUGGGACCCGCGCAGGUAGUCACCGCCGGCCUCCUGACUCUCCUUAUUGUCUGGACCUUUCUUGGCAAUGUGCUAGUGUGCGCCGCCAUCGUUCGCAGCCGCCACCUGCGCGCCAAGAUGACCAACAUCUUCAUUGUAUCCUUGGCGGUCUCAGACCUCUUCGUGGCAUUGCUGGUCAUGCCGUGGAAGGCCGUGGUUGAGGUGGCUGGGUACUGGCCCUUUGGGGCGUUCUGCGAUGUCUGGGUGGCCUUUGACAUCAUGUGCUCCACUGCUUCCAUUCUGAAUCUGUGUAUCAUCAGUGUAGACCGCUACUGGGCUAUCUCCAAGCCCUUCCGCUACGAGCGAAAGAUGACCCAGCGCGUAGCUCUGGUCAUGGUGGGCCUGGCCUGGACUUUGUCCAUCCUCAUCUCCUUCAUCCCGGUCCAACUCAACUGGCAUAGAGACAAGGCAGGUUCCCAGGGCAGAGAGGGCCUACUAUCUAAUGGGACGCCCUGGGAGGAAGGCUGGGAGCAAGAAGGGAGGACGGAGAACUGCGACUCCAGCCUGAACCGAACUUACGCCAUCUCCUCCUCUCUCAUCAGUUUCUACAUCCCAGUGGCCAUCAUGAUCGUGACCUACACGCGCAUCUACCGCAUUGCACAGGUGCAGAUCCGCCGGAUCUCCUCCCUGGAGAGGGCAGCCGAGCAUGCUCAGAGCUGCCGGAGUCGCGGGGCUUGCGAACCUGACCCCAGCCUGCGAGCAUCCAUCAAGAAGGAGACCAAGGUCUUCAAGACACUGUCAAUGAUCAUGGGGGUCUUCGUGUGCUGCUGGUUGCCCUUCUUUAUCCUGAACUGCAUGGUUCCUUUCUGCAGCACUGGGGAUGGCCAGGGCCCAAGGACUGGCUUCCCUUGUGUCAGUGAGACCACCUUUGACAUAUUCGUCUGGUUUGGCUGGGCCAACUCAUCUCUCAACCCCAUCAUCUACGCCUUCAACGCUGACUUCCGGAAAGUGUUCGCCCAGCUGCUGGGGUGUAGCCACCUCUGCUUCCGGACCCCUGUGCAGACUGUGAACAUUAGUAAUGAACUCAUCUCCUACAAUCAGGACACCGUCUUCCACAGGGAGAUUGCUGCUGCCUAUGUCCACAUGAUUCCCAAUGCGGUGUCCUCUGGAGACCCGGAGGUGGGCAAGGAAGAGGAGGAGGGGCCUUUUGAUCACAUGUCUCAAAUCUCUCCAACAACCCCAGAUGGUGACCCGGCUGCUGAAUCUGUCUGGGAGCUUGACUGUGAGGAGGAGGUUUCCUUAGGCAAAAUCUCACCUCUCACCCCCAAUUGUUUCCAUAAAACUGCUUAGAAGCACCCUCAUGAGAAUACAUACAACUGCAGCCGUAUUUGCAGGCAUUCACACAUGCACACACACAAAUACACACUCCCAGUGUGCAUAUGCUUUCUGUAGUCCAGCUGCAUAGAAGCCCAACAAUUCUUAGCUGAGAAAAUUAGCCGAGGCUGUUGGAAUAAACUCAGAUAUUCUGGACACGGACGAGUGUUUCCUUUAGGGAAGAGAAAGUGGAGACUGGUCCUUUAAGAACACACUCAACUUGACUUUCCUACCUUAAGCUUGUCCUGUGAUUUGUGUCUGGGUUGCCUUUUAAAUGACAGGCCUCUUAGUGGCAAUUGUUGGGGUACAGUGAUUUUCCAGAGACUGGGGUCUGUGGCCUGGUGCUCCGGUGGCUUCUGUUUAGUUUAGGUUGGGGCUCUUUCCUGGGCCUGGAAUUCCUUCCUGAUUUGUCCUGGUUUUUAGUGGGUGCACAGUACAUGUGCUUGGGCUGGGGGAGGGUCACCUUGGCGUUGCCAGUUGGUGUUCAGUGUUGUUCCUGGAGAAAUCACAGCAUGAUUUUAAAAAACAGCUGGGUUGGAGCACACAUUUGUUUUCUGAGCUUGGUUUAGGGAACACGCUGGACAACGGGCCUUGAGGAACUGCUGAAUUCUCAGCUCUCUUUCUAUUAGCCAGCCAUACCUCCAGGGCAUGCUGAAAGAUAGUUUCACCGCCAUAGUGUUAAAUUCGGACUUCUCAAGCCUGGAGCUCAGCUAGUUUUAUUUAGACUCUCGGACAUUUCUUCUAGGAUCACAGGAGACAAUGGUCCUGGUUGCUAGACAGAUGCUCUUCACUGCAUUGGAAAAGCCACCUAGAAUAAGAGCCCUGCCAUUUCCAUCUCUCAUCUGGAGUGUUUCAGAAUGAUGGAUGUGGCUUCAGUAAACCAUGUUUUCUGGGGUCUUUCAGAUGUGACAGGUUUCAAAGUCCUUCAAAACCGAAAUCCUGCUUGGAAGCAGGUGAUGCUAUUUGCAGACAAUAGCAAACGGAAUGAACUUCAACCCACAUGCAGAAAGCCAGAGGUGACAAGUGAGUGGGUGAACCCAUAGAUUGAGGGGCUCACUAAGGAGCCCACCUGUCUGGCCUUUUGCUUUCCCUCUCUGCAGUGAGUGCAGUGAAAUAUACUUCAUUCUGGUAUGGUUUCAUUAGACACAGAUGAAAAACUGUAACAAAAGCAAAUGAAUUGUGCAUAUGUAAGUUCCUACCCUCCCCUGCUUCAAAGACAGCUUCUCAAGGACAGUUCAAUCAAUUCUGGUUUCCUUAUGGAUAAUUGUGUUAUGAGUUUUCUGAACAGUCGUGUCUUGUCUCUUGUAAAAUGUUCAGUGCCUGUCAUACCAUGCUUAAUAAAUGUUUGUUGAAUGAA